AUGUUGCAGCAUCGUACUGAAGAAAUCAACGUGGAUCUUGACACCGAUAAUGCGAUAUCUGUUGAUAUCUCCGAUGCGCUAUCGGAGAGAGAUAAGGUUAAAUACACUGUGCACACAAAGACUCGCCUUCCGGGUAUGCGCCCAGAAACCUCGGUAGUCCGUGAGCAUGAAGAGUUUCUUUGGCUUCAUAGCGUUCUAGAUGAGAACGAGAGCUAUGCAGGGUUCAUC